AUUCUGGCUCCAGUGGGUUGAGGCCGCGUUCCCUGAUCUCGACUCACGCGCCUACUUCCUGCCUCCUGUCUACUUCAAACGCGUGCCCAUGACUAAACAGUCAGCUGCUGGUCAGGAUGUUCUGAUCCUUCAGUCAGCAUCUGGACAGGCCGGUAAGUCAAGUGGACCAGCGACGACUUCCCCCAAAGCUGGAAAGAGCUCUCUCCCUCAGCCUCCUUGUGUUCAGGCCAGUGACGUCAGAGAUGACGCAGCCAUGCAGCGGUUACUCUUCUGUCUGCAGAAAAUGACUGAACAGGAGAGAGAAGUGUUGGUUGGAAUGAGUAAUCUAAAGUUCGGACAGUACCUGGGGGAACCUUGUUACGCUGCUGCGGCUGCGCAGCUCCCCAUACCCGCAAACCUUCAUCCUGCUCUGCCACGAAACUGGAAACAUGGAGACUUUGAUGUUCUUCUUAUUCACCGACAUCACGGUUUUGUCGUCUGUGAGGUGAAGGCGUUUGGUGACAACACACAGGCACUGAACAUGUCACAGCAGGAUAUAGACAAUAACAUUAGAAAGAAGCUGAAAGACGCCGUGUCACAGCUGGACAAGGCGGAGGCCAUGUUGUCUCACCUGGUGCGACAUCGCUCCCGGUCUGCGCAUCACUAAGACCAUCGCAGUCCCUAACCUUACGACUAGUCAUGUACAACAGGCCAUCUCUAGCGACCAGCGCAGACCUCGGACCUGUGUCGGUGUCUGGGAACAACAGACCCUGCUGACAUCCCAGGUUUGUGUCUGUGCUCUGAUCAGUUGUCUGACCCCAAGACCCCGUGGGACGUCACUAGUCAUGUGCUGAGGGAACUGGGACAUUGGUGGCAGCAACGUGUGGCUGGGGCUGGACCUGACAGUCGCAUGACCGGUCUUGUUUACAAGACACUGGUAGCCAGAUUCUGCGGUCCGGCGACGACAGUGACUGUACCAUGUAUAUGCAUCCCCCGCCUGUCUAUCAAGACCCUGGGUCAGGCCGUGUGGUGGACAGGAGAGUGCUAUACUGCUGUAAUCACACUCUUCCCGGAGCAAGUUCACCUGCUACACACGGCGCCUCCCACACUCUUUGUCACCGGACCGCCCGGUACAGGUAAAACUGUGGUGCUGCUGCUGAUGGCCAUACAGUGGCUGAGAGGUGGCUAUCCUGUUCACGUAAUGAUGACGUGUAAGGAAAGUCGUGCAGCCUGUUUCAUGCUGCACGAUCUGCUGCUGAAGACGCAUCCUACGUCGAUCACGCAGCUUCGCCUCUUGCAGUACGAUCUGACACCUCCAGCAGACAUCAGCAGGAUCUUAACCUACUUGUCAGAGGAGGCCAGCAAAGGGUCGUUGUACAUCGUCGCUGAUGAAGUGGCUUCGCGAGAUUUCAAGAGUUUUUGCGAAAAGCUGCCAGAGAUCCCUAAUCUCCAUUUUUGGGCGGCAAGUGUUUACCAUGGAGACGCACCAGCCGGCUGGCCAGUGGAAAUUUUAACCAGACCCCUCCGCUCUCCACCGACCGUCGUCAGAGAAGUGGAGCAGGACCAAGAAAUCUCCGAGUACAAAGAUGUCGAGACAUAUGCUGGGAGUGAUGUGCCCGACCACACAGACGGCCCGCCAAUCAGACGACUGUAUCACAGAGGUGAAGGACACUCAGUUGAGAGGUCAGUUGACUGUGCAACGUGCGGUCUUGAAGUCGCCAGUCUUCUGCUCAGUCUCCAUGUUGGUCAACCCAUGAGGGUUGCACCAUCUACAGCAGCUACUACAGUCGGCGCUCCUGACCCCACUCCCUGCCUGCAGUGGAAAGACGUGCUGGUGUUGUACUGGUAUGACGUCAGUGACAGCUCGGGUGCAGUGACGGCCAUGAGACAAGCGGGUAUCCCGGUGCGGCUGAUGAGGGUGGAAGACGCUGAGGACGUGGCUACGCGCAGCAGUGACGUGGUGUGGGUGGCGGACGGCGCUCUUGUUCGCGGUCUGGAGAGAAAAGUCGUCGUGUGUCUGGAGUAUUCUGAUGUUAAUUUUGCUGGCCUCAGCUCUCUCCGACUUCACGCCAUGUCCCGUUGCACAUCACAACUUGUGAUUAUUUACCCCGAGGAGUAACCGCGGCACACGAAUUCCAUUCUUCCUCCGCCUGGUCUUCUGUUGAAAACGUUGCCAGCUCCUCACUCCUAAUUAACGUUUACUAAUUUAACUUCCAUUCAUCUGGGUUUUCUUCGACAGAGGAUAAAACUCAUACUUGACAAACCUAGCUUAAUGCAGUGUUUUUACACUUAAUUUGGCAAAGAUGUGUCAGCAACAUUCAUCUUGCGUGUAUCAUCUCCUUCACACUUGCUUGAUCCAGCUUUUGUUUUAAUGCCUCCCUACCAUUGCCGUAUGUCUCAUAGCCAGUAUCAUCAUCUUCCCACAGGUAGUCCCGGUGACCCCAUGAUCUCUAAAUCACUUGCAGUAACAAUGAGGGUCGUUAUCUCGUCAAAUUCUCUGAUGACACUGCGCUGUUCUCUGUUCUUAGUGGUCCAGCAGAUACCCAUUGUGUAACCCUGAAUUUAUUGUCUGGUGCGAUGACAAUUUCUUGGAACUUUAUGUAAGACCAAAGAGAUUGUCUUUGAUUUCCGUCUGAAUUCUCCACCAAGUCUCAUUAGUGUCAUCCACGACAAGGAGGUGGAUGUUGUCCCUGCUUCUAAAUAGCUGGGGACCAUCUUACGAGACUUCGCUGGGAUACCAACACAAGCUCACGUGAAGAAGGCUCAACAGCGCCUCCUCCUUGUCCGGAAACUGUUUUUCUCUGCCUCUCAACAAUUUCUUAUUUUUUACCGAUUGCACAUAGAGAGCGUGCUGUCCUCGUUUAUCUGUUUUUACAACAGUUUAUUAGUGAAGGAAAAGCGUGGCCCCAUGGAAUCUGGGCUCAAGGUUUGAAGUUAACUGUUCAAAGUUUAAGAAGAUAUUUUUAACGAGUACAAGCUCUACAAAAUAUGCACGCACUUGAAACCUAAGAUCAUUCUCUGUCCGCAUGCUACAGUUAAUCCUCUUCUGUUACAACAGCCAUUCAGUGUCGCACGUCAUUGUCACACACCAUUGUCACCUCCACCCUCGUGCUGAAAGUGUAUUCAAACUUGUAUAUCAAACAAAACCGCGGGUGCAAAAUUGAAGUCCUCGCUCUUUCGCUCGUAGAUGUAUUCACGACUGCGAGCCGUUUGUCCAUAUCCCCGGUUUUGCUGUCACCAGGCGAAUGAACUGAAAAUGUUAAACAUAGGUAUCCUCGCUUAUGAGUAAAGAAAGAUCAGGAUAUACAAAGGACAAUUAAAA